GACAGAUGGUUCGGAAAAGGAGUGUAAAUGCCGGUUUUGCAGAGCUCAACGUUGAGGUCGCCCCUUUUUGACAUCACCACCACGCCGCACGCAGAAGUUGAUUUUGACGAAAGAAGGAGGGAAAAGGAGGCAUGAUAAAUUGAGAAUGAAGACAGUAAUAACAUGCUUACAGUGGAUCAGGAGAGGGGUUGCAAAAGCAGAGCCCGAUAAGGUUGUAUUGAGUAAAGAGCAAUUGCAGAGUUUAAUUAAAUGUACUAAAGGACAAUUAGACGAUCUUGAAAAGGAUGAAGUAGACAAAAGUGAAGAUGAUGAAGACAUGCUUACUAGUGAUAACGAAAAUGGUGCUCAAGAAGAAACUGAAGAUGGUGAUCUUGUACAGUACGACAUGAAUAAGUAUGAUCAAGCGACAUCAAGCUCUAGUAGUGGAAUCACCGAUACUCUGGCCGGAUUGGCAAUAUAUGCUGCCGAUGAGGAUGAUCCAUACAUCACAUUAAAGGAUGCUGGUAGUGAUACUGAAGCAGACGACAUAGCUAUUAAAUCUACAGACAACAUUUUAGUUGUAGGUCGAGCAGAAGAAGAUUAUAGUAAUCUAGAAAUAUAUGUUUACAAUGAAGAAGGAGGCGUGUUUUAUGUACAUCAUGACUUGCUGUUGUCCUCAUAUCCAUUGGCGUUAGAGUGGAUCCAAGGUAGUACAUCAGGUAAUAUGAUAGCAGUUGGUAGUAUGUCUCCCGUGAUUGAACUUUGGGACUUGGAUUUGAUUGAUGCAAUAGAACCUGCUUUCACUUUAGGUCAACCUAAGUCUAAGAAGAAAAAGACUAAAACAGAAAAAAAAGAAAAGAAGCCAAAGAACGGACAUGCUGGCGCUGUUUUGGAUCUGUCGUCGAAUCGAAACUUCAAUCAUAUACUGGCAAGUGCAUCGGCAGAUGAGACUAUUGCAUUGUGGGAUCUUGCUACUACGCAAGUAGCAUCCACGCUACGACAUCAUAAGGACAAAGUUCAAACUAUUGAAUGGCAUGCAAAUGAAGGCCACACCCUUCUGUCUGGAGGAUUUGAUAAAAUUGUGAAUUUGUAUGACUGUCGUGAUCCAGAUGCAUCGUGCAAUUCAUGGAAUCUAAACGGUGAAAUAGAACGUGUUCUGUGGAACCCUUCAAAUACCAACACAUUUCUAGCUAGUACGGAAGAUGGCUUUGUUUAUAAUCUUGACGUCAGGUUGGAAAAGCCAGUUUUUACACUGAAAGCACAUGAAAAGGCUGUUACUGGACUUGCGCUGACAAGCGAAACACAUAAUUGUCUAACGACAGUGUCGGCUGACCACUUUGUCAAAAUUUGGGAUAUAACAGAUGAUAAACCAUCAUUAAUAAUCUCAAAAGAUAUGAAGAUGGGCAUAAUGAAUUGCUUAGGUAACAACCCUGAUGCUCCUACCGUGUUAGCAAUGGGCGGUGAGAAUGAUGGAGUUCGACUCCUAGAUUUGAGGACAAUGCCAGAAGUAUCAAAACGAUUCAAUUUGCGGACCAUCACAAAAAGUGUGCCAGAUGUGUCGAGUAAUUCCAUAGUAAGUAUGGAAGAGGAAGGUGAUAACGUGGAGGUUAUGGAACGAAAACCCAAGAAAAUGAACAAAUCACAUCAGAAGGAAGGUAAAAAGAAGAAGAAAAAGAAAAAGGGUACAAAUUUUUAGACUUUGAGUUAGAAAAAUAUAAUCAACCAGCCAAAAUGAUCACAAAAGUCAUAAUUUUUUUAUUACAAAAACAAAGCUGUACUCAUGUUUACCAUAAUGAUAAUGUAACACAGGGAAAAUCUAAACUGUUUUUAAUAAUACUAGUGCUUUAUGUAUAAAAUUUGGUCAUAGAACACUGAUCAAAUAAUGGUUAACAAUUAAAGAAUGUAUGUUUUUCUUUGCAGCUCAGUUGGUGCUUUUGCCCUAGUGCAUUACCCUGCCAUGAUUAAGCCAUAGAAAUUUCAUUAUAAAUGAUAAUGAGUGUUAGAAUUCCCAAGUAAAAGCAUAUGUUUUUUUGUUUGUAUCAUAUUUUUCAUUUUUGUGAGAAAGAAAUUUAAAAUCUAAAAAAAAUUUAGGAAACUUUGAAUUUUUUUUAUAAAAAUCUUUGUUGGGUGUAAAGCAAUGCACAUUAUAUUCUUUAUAACUUCAGUUGACAACUAUGAUUUUUGUCUUUUGAUGUUUUAUGUUUGUGAAUUUUAAACUACAUAUUGUCAUAUAUAUAUAUAUUUAUUUCAUUUGUUAAUAAUUAUUCUCAUUUUUAUUUUGUUUAUUAUUCAUCAGAUUAUUACACCAUACAAAUACAAGUCUGAAAAUAACAUUACUAUAGGCCUAUGUAAUGGAAGGCAAUUGUUUUAUUAGGGCUUUUUAAGUUAUUUUAAAACAUGGUAAUAUACACUUUUUGUCUGCAAAAUAUCUAGAUACCGGUACUUGUUGAAAACCUGCUGUGCUGGAAAAUACUGUAGUCUACUGAUGUGCCUUUGUCUUCUGCAUAUAAGGCCAGCAUGUUUGCAGGUGUGUUCUGUGGCUUUUCAAAGUUGUUUUUACUUGCGAGUUGUUACUGUAAUAAAGUAAAUGAUUCACAGUUGACUGCUUAAACAUUCUGUGUCUUUAUUCAUAUCCACCUUCACAUCUUGUGUUCCUCGUGUUCUUCCGCAAUCAGUUGUAACAUUCAAAAUUACACUAUAGAGGGCUCACUAAUUUUCAUCACAGCUUGACGUUUCUUCUAUCACUCUGAGCUGUGUCUGUUGUUCCAAAGGCUUUUUAUUGUGUUUUUUUUCAAUCUUAGUUAAUUUAAGUUCCAGUUCUAACUUGCAUUCUUAGAUUAUUGGGUCUAAAUUUGAUCUUUGAUGUCUGAAUUCAAAAUCUGAAAGCAUAGCCUUGUUGUCUACUCAUAUCUGCCUGCGAUUGAACAAUAUGCAAUGUUUUUGUUCUAGCACAACUAUUCUUUGGCUAUUUUAGAGUUGGGGGAACAUUUGCUGAAACAAAGGCCUAGCAUGGUUUGAAGCAUUAGUAGAAUCCUGCGUUCAACAUGAAAGUCUGUUAACUUUAAUUCCAUGUUAAUAACAGAAUUGUCUUUUCACUGUUAAACAUACUUGUGAUAGUACAGUAUAUGUUGAAUGGUGUUUUUUUUUGCAGGGAGUUGGUGGUUUAUGUUACUGUAGUAUUGUACUCCUCUCCUGUACUCUUACGUAUUGAAUUUAUGAUGUAGCAAUUAACAGGAAAAAAAAUAAAUGCUCGCAGUACACCAUAAAAGAAAAUUAAGUGCAGCCCUUGUUAAAUCAAAAUUAUACGUUGAUCCUUUGUCCUAUUUUUAUGCCCAUCUCCACAAAACACUUCUUUUAGAACACCAAACAUCAAUGAAAUGCGAGGAAAAGAGUUACAAUUUAAUACAUUAACAAUAUAAAAAGAACGUUCUUCUACAAUAUUCAUUGGAUGUUGCCUGUUUGGUUUUUAAAAAUAAAAUUACCUGUACAUUUUAUCU